ACUUGCUAUUUUUGGCGUACAAACAUGUGUAUGGUGGUUUGAAGUGUGGGAGGUAUUGCUUCGAAUAUUUUUGUGUACAAAAGUUGUUGGAUAUACGUGUCUUUGUGUUUGUGUUACAUCUGAAAGGAAACAAUGCCACAGGGUAAAUUAAAGGUCAAAGCUAAAGUGCCAGAGGGCGCAAAACCGAAGAAGAAGGCUGGGAAAGGGCGUGGAGUUACAAAGCGCACAACUAAGUCAGUGACACCAAAAAAGCAAAAGCAACAGGAAGCUCAGAAACUGAAGAAAGCAAUCACAAAGACAGUAAAUCAGGCCAUGGAAGAAGAGCUGAGGGCUCAAGCUCUUGAUGGGAAGAAGUCUCUUCUUUCAAAGAAAAAGGCUGCCGCUACCCCAGCAAAAUCACCAGCCAAGCCGAAAAGAGGGAAGAAGAAAUAGAAGAUACAACAACAAAUUAAAGGAUUUUCAGAUUUAGAGCCAUUUUUUUU